AUGGCGAGAUCGCCUUCGUCUUGUUACAUCCUAGGCCGUCGCCCUUGCUCUCUCCUCUCCCACGGGAUCUGCCCUCCCUUCCCGUCGCCCUCGCUCUCUCCUCUCCCACCCAAUCUCUCCUCCUUCCCGUCGCCCUCGCUCUCUCCUCUCCCACCCAAUUUCCCCUCCCUUCCCGUCGCCCUCGCAGCCGUCGCCCUCGCUCUCUCCUCUCCCACGCGAUCUGCCCUCCCUUCCCGUCGCCCUCGCUCUCUCCUCUCCCACCCAAUCUCCCCUCCCUUCCCGUCGCCCUCGCUCUCUCUCCUCUCCACCCAAUCUCCCCUCCCUUCCCGUCGCCUCGCUCGCUCUCUCCUCUCCCACCCAAUCUCCCCUCCCUUCCCGUCGCCCUCGCUCUCUCCUCUCCCACGCGAUCUCCCCUCCCUUCCUGUCGCCCUCGCUCUCUCCUCUCCCACGCGAUCUCCCCUCCCUUCCCGUCACCCUCGCUCUCUCCUCUCCCACGCGAUCUGCCCUCAUCGCGUUAAUUUCCGCAUGACGAACCGCUGGACGCUUGGCGACGGAAAGCCGCCGCCCGCGCAGUCGCUUUGGACGACAUAUUUGAUUUUCAGGGUUAGCGUGGCGUGUGAUGGAGUGCCGGAGCUGCGCGAGGUGACAUUUGCGUACCCCUCGCUGUCCGACGUAAGUGCGCUCGUGUCUCUCCUUUGUCUGUCUCUCUUGCGCCCUUCGGCUCUCCCUCUUUCCCCUGCUCCUCAGACUGCUCGUUUCCGUUCCCCCUUACCCUUCGUUUCCGCCUCCCGUGUCCCGGGCUCUCACUCCCAUCCCUCCCACUCUCUUCCCUCCUUUUUCUCCCCCUCCCCGGCAGGGCUACGAGACGCAGGUGGGGGAUCGAGGCAGGCAACUGUAGGGGUGGCAGAAGCAGGGCGUGGCGAUCGCGCGGGCGAUUCUGCGGAAUCCGCGGGUGUUGCUGCUGGACGAGGCGACGUCGGCGUUGGACGCAGAGAGCGCGCUGCAGCCUGCGCUCAAUGCGUUCAUGGGCGCGCGCAGGAGGGAGGGAGCCUUUGGCGAUCUUUAGCUGUUGUCUUGAUUGCAGGUUCCAUUAAGUUCGGGGUUUCUUGCUGGUGUCAAGCUCCGUCCGACCCAUCUGGUCGGACUAGUUUGAACUAG